AUCCCGGCCGAGGGCGGGGCGCUGUCGCCGUUCCGGGGCGGGCCGUGCCGGGCCGAUCCGUUCCGGGGGACCGGGGCGCGAUGGCGGCCACCAAGCGGGUGCUGUACGUGGGCGGGCUGGCCGAGGAGGUGGACGAGAAGGUUCUGCACGCCGCCUUCAUCCCCUUCGGAGACAUCACCGACAUCCAGAUCCCGCUGGAUUACGAGACCGAAAAACACCGGGGAUUCGCCUUCGUGGAGUUCGAGCUGGCAGAGGAUGCAGCAGCAGCUAUUGACAACAUGAAUGAAUCCGAGCUCUUUGGCAGGACAAUCCGUGUGAACCUGGCCAAACCCAUGAGGAUUAAAGAAGGAUCAUCCAGGCCUGUCUGGUCAGAUGAUGAGUGGCUGAAGAAGUUUUCAGGGAAGACUUUGGAGGAGAACAAGGAGGAGGGAGGAGCAGAGGCCCCCAAAGCAGAGGCACAGGAGGACGAGCCUCCUGCCAAGAAAUCCCGGGUCAACCCCCAGGUUUACAUGGACAUCAAGAUCGGGAACAAACCCGCGGGGCGGCUGCGGAUCCUGCUGCGCUCCGACGUGGUGCCCAUGACUGCGGAGAAUUUCCGCUGCCUCUGCACCCACGAGAAAGGAUUUGGCUUCAAAGGCAGCAGCUUCCACCGCGUCAUCCCCCAGUUCAUGUGCCAGGCCGGAGACUUCACCAACCACAACGGCACCGGUGGCAAAUCCAUCUAUGGAAAGAAGUUUGAUGAUGAAAACUUCAUCCUCAAGCACACAGGGCCAGGUAAAGCCAUCUCCAGGAGAGAAAAUGGCUCAGCAUCAUCUAGGGGUCACAUUUGGGCUGAUUUGGUCGUGUUGAUAUCAUCAGCCCUGAAUUAUAAUUAUAAUUAAUUAUAAUUAUUAUAAUCU